AUGGCGCGCUCACCGUCCGACGCAACGCGCUUCACAGCAACAGGACCGUACGCCUCCAGCACAUUCACAUCCUCCGCCCCAGGCGCAACAACUUCAUCACGAAUAAAUUUUGGCUCCGCACCCGCAAAUGAAACCCCCCAACAAAAGAUCCAACGUCUCCGAGCAGCCGCCGCUCUCGCCAAACAAGGCCGCGAAACCACAUUCGACAAGACCGUCCGCAUAGGUCGAGUAUGGGCAGACCGAGCCCACCGCUUCACAGCCCUCAGCCUCAUCGGCUUGACCAUUCUCUCCGGAGCCGUCGCUACAGCAGGUGUGACGGAUAUGAUUCUACACAACCGCCGGAAACGGAAAGAGUGGUUGGCGCAGAAACAAAUCGAACAUGCGAGAGAAUUGGCUAUUGCGACGCAGGCUGCUAGUCAGGGGACUGCGACGGAGGAUCAGAUGUUGUUGAUUAAUCGGGAACGAAAUGCGAGACAGGCAGAACUUGAAAAGCAAAACCGGCCGGGCAUGUUCAAGAGAGCGAGUAAUUGGCUAUUCAAAGAUUUGAGCAAAGAGGAGCAAAAGGGUGGGAGAUUAGGUGCGGCUUCUGCUUCUGCUGCUGCGGCAGGGACGAUAGCGGAGAAGACGGAAUUCGCGGCUGAGGAGGUGAAAGAAGAGGCGAGACAUGUGUUGCAGGCGGUGGAGGAUAAAGUCGAUCAGCAUAGAAGGCAGGGUGAAAAAGUACCGGAGAUGCUGGUGCCGGCGGGAGGACCAUUGGAUCGACAGGCACAGGUUGCGGUCGAUAAUGCUACGCAGAGCGGGAAAGGUUGGUACAGCUGGCUCACGGGACGGUAG